CACGUUGAGUCACGGUUUCGUGGUCAAUUAUCGACUGAAAACAGCCGCUGUCCCCCUCGACUCUCAACAACUUGAACCUCCAACUAUCCUUGCACAGAUCUCAUUCAACAUUUUCUCUAAAAUACCAGAAAAUCAAAGCCAAACAUAACUUUUUUCUUAAAUAGGUUCUUUGUUUGAUAUACCAACUUUUAAUUUGUUCUUUUAUAGGAAAGCAAAGAAAAGAAAUGGAAGAUGCCAAGAACCCACCACCACAACAAUUAGUAUCUUCAGAAAAGGAAGAGCUAGGAAAAGAAGAAGAACCCAAAGCGGAGGAGCAAUUACCGGCUUCAACUACAGCGCCAAAUAGUGGAGGAGGAUGGGGUGGUUGGGGUUUCUCUGCUUUCUCCGUUCUCUCCGAUCUUCAAAAGGCUGCCACUGUUGCCGCUGAGGAGAUCUCUCGCAAUGCUUCUGUGGUUGCAGAGAAGGCUGCAAAGAGCAUUGCAGAUAUGCAAAUUGCUGAAGAGUCAGAAUCUUCUAAGGCAGAUGAAGCAGAAGAAUCUCCAAGUGAAAAGGAAAGUGAGGAUGAGGAUGACAAGCUACGAAAGUCUGCUCUGGAUAAGUUAGAGAAAGCAAGUGGCGAUUCUUUCCUUGGUCAGGGUUUGAAGGUUUUUGACAACUCUGUGGAAAAUUUUGCUUCUGGUGCAUGGCAGGCACUAGGGAGUGCAUGGAAAGGGGGUACCAAUUUUGUUCAGAAGCUUGAGCAUUCUGCUGUGAACAUUACAGAUUCCAUUCAGCAUGGAGGUUUACCCGCUGGUUCAGUUGCACCCUCAUUAAUUGAGACUGGAAAAGCCUUUACGACAAAGGGAAUGCAAGUGCUUGAAUAUGUGGGAAAGGAGACUAUGGAUUUACUGAUCAAUGAAACUGGUAUAGAAGUUGAAAAGAACUCUAAGGGCACUGAUCAUCUAUCUGAUGAGGAUCAGUCGGUAGAGGAAGUUAGUUUUGAUCGAUGCUUCUACAUAUAUGGAGGUCCAGAGCAGUUAGAGGAACUGGAAGCAUUGUCCAGCCAUUAUGCCCUUCUGUUUAAUCGGAGAAAAGCAAAAUUGCCUUCUGAACAGAAAUCUGUGUAUGAGGGAAAGCUUAAACAAAUCCAACAAAUUUUCAGUUUAGAUGCUGAAAUUGAUGGAAAUGGUCCACAGUCGGCCAAAGGAAAGAAAAUAGAGACUGGAACUGAUGGCAGUCAUGAUGAGAUGAAAAUUUUACAUGAUUCAAGUGUCAGCAAGGCUGUUGAUAUGGCUGUCGGGUUCACAAAUGCAUUGGCAGGAUUAGCUGUUAAUGACGUAAUUCAAAGAACUGCUGGAAGGCUAGAUUCGCUGCACUCAGAGGGGGUUCAUAGGCUUUCAGAAAUGUGCUGUUUAGCAAUGUCUCAUCUUCUGAUGCUGGGUAAAUCUGUCAUAUCUGGUUCUAACAAAGUUCAAGAUGAAGAUGCCGAUGGUGAUAUGAUGAAUAUUGACUGGCCAGAAGAUUCUGUUGAGAAGGCUAAACUAAUAAGAUUAAAGGCACAAUCAAUGACAGGAUACGUGGAAGCUGUAUCCAGCAGCUUUAUCACAGGCAUAUACGAUGUAGCUGAAGCUUAUCUAGCGGCCAUUAAGAGUGUUAAUGCAGAUUCACAUGAAGCACUUACAAAAGCAUCUAUCCAGGAGAAAGCUAAUUCCUUCUCUGAACAUCUCCGUAGUGAUCAGAACAUUGCAGUGAGCAAAAUCCAGGAUGGACUCCAAAAUUUGUCGUAUGUGGUCCUUUCGAACUCAAUGCCAGCUGCUUGAAAACCUGAAUUCUCUGCAUGUCUUGUUAGUGUGAAUGUAAAUAGUUGCAUCUUAGAUAGGUUUUAACCCCCAGUAUUGCUAAACUUUUUAUGCUCUACACCAUUGAAACUGAACUCAUUUUUUAAGCAGGGGGUAAAGCAGUUUCUUUUGUGUAGAUUUCUUUGUUAAACUUGAAUGUUAAUCUGGAAUGUUAAACAAACCAUUUCCACGUUAAGGAUCAAAUGAAAUUCAAACAUCAUGUUCUUUUUUACGGA